AUGGAGGAUCUUCCUAAUGUGAAGCAUCCAGCUUCUCUACAAUUUGGAAAGAUUAUACAGAGUUACAAAGCAAGAAGAAAUUUGGAAGCUAUGCGUAGGGCGUGCAGGCCUCCACCAGGGCAGCACAGGCACUGUGACAGAUGCUUCAACCGUCACUGCCACAUGCCUAUGGAGCCUGGUGUCUCCUGCCUGGUGAUAAACUGCCACCUGUCCUGCGGUGCUACCUUCCACAUGUGCAAAGAGGCAGAGCACGAGCUCCUGUGCCCUUUGGAGCAGGUUCCGUGCCUCAACUCCGAAUAUGGCUGCCCCCUUUCCAUUUCCCGUCACAAGCUGGCCAAGCACCUGCAAGUGUGCCCCGCCAGCGUGGUCUGCUGCUCCAUGGAGUGGAACCGCUGGCCAAACUUGGACUCUGAAACAGCCCUUCAUGAGAACAUCAUGAAAGAGACCCCCAAUGAGGAGUGCUUGGACACAGCCCUGGCCCUCCAAGACCAGAAGGUCCUCUUUAGAUCUCUGAAAAUGGUAGAACUUUUCCCAGAAACUAGAGAACCCAUGGAAGAGGAACCUACCAUGAAUGGUGAAGCCAGUUGGAAGGAAAUGGAAGGAGCGGUGGGUGGGGCAGAUGCUGGUUUGGUAACAACCACCAACGGAGAGGUGGCAGAGCUGAGUCAAGAAGAACGAGAGGUAUUAGCCAAAACCAGAGAAGGGAUGGACCUAGCCAAGUUUGACAAGUGGGAAAAUAUGUUCAGCAAAGAGCAUGCAGCCUCUGCUUUAACGAGCUCAUCAGUGAGCAGUGAGAGCAAGAGCAGGGAUGGCCCAGAGAAAGAACAGAUUUCCAGCAGCAACAACAUGGUAGAAAAGAGCGCUGCCAAAGGGAAGGAAACACAGGAAGACCAGAAGCAGCAGGACUUUCAUGAAGCCAUAGAAAAGUCAGGGCUUGCCCCUUGGCAGGAUGGUGUUCUGGAAAGACUGAAAACAGCUAUGGAUGCAAAGGACUAUAAUAUGUAUCUGGUGCACAAUGGGAGGAUGCUUAUUCACUUUGGUCAGAUGCCUGCUUGUACACCUAAAGAGAGAGACUUUGUUUAUGGCAAACUCGAGGCUCAGGAAGUGAAGACUGUUUACACCUUCAAAGUUCCCGUGAGCUACUGCGGGAAGCGGGCUCACCUCAGAGACACCUCGUUGAGUAGUAGGCCAAGUGAACACAAGGCAGUAGAUACUUUGGAUUUAGGGAUCACUGUGGAGGACCUCCCCAAAUCAGAUCUCAUCAAGACCACCCUGCUGUGUGCUCUGGAAAGAGAACUCAAAGGUCAUGUCAUCUCUGAAUCCAGGAGCAUUGAUGGGGUGUUCAUGGAUUUUGCUACACAGACAUACAGUUUUGAGCCAGAACAAUUUUCCUCCAGGACGGUGCUGGCUGACCUUCUAACCACUGCCAAUCUGAAUGGGCUCCAUAUGGAGCUCCACAGUGAGUGUGUGACCAGGAGACACAACAAGAGCAGUUCUGCCUUUACUUUCACUUGCAACAAAUUCUUCAGGAGGGAUGAAUUUCCCCUACAUUUCAAGAAUGUCCACACAGACAUUCAGUCAUGUCUCAAUGGUUGGUUCCAGCACCGAUGCCCCCUUGCCUACUUGGGAUGUACCUUUAUUCAAAACCAUUUCUGUCCCCCAGGGAAAAAGGCAAAAGUAAUCUACAGUCAGGAGCUCAAGACCUUUGCCAUCAAGCCGGAGGUUGCUUCAGAGCUGAGUGAGGGAGGGAACAACCAUCUCUCAGGCCGUGAAGGAAAAAACCAGAAUUCUCUAACCAGCCUGCCCCUGGAGGUUUUGCAGUACAUUGCUGGGUUCUUAGACAGCAUCAGCCUAUCCCAGCUCUCUCAGGUGUCCGUGCUGAUGAGGAAUAUCUGUGCCACUUUGUUACAAGAGAGAGGGAUGGUCCUCCUGCAAUGGAAGAAGAAGAGGUAUUCCCAUGGAGGCACCUCGUGGAGAGUUCACAGAAAGAUCUGGCAAUUCAGCAGCCUCUUCUCCAAAAUCAAGGGCUGGGAGUUUAAUGAAGUUGCCUCCAUGUCUGAGCACCUGAAGUCCUGUCCUUUCAACGUUGUAGAACACAAGACUGACCCGAUUCUUUUGACCAGCAUGUGUCAGCCCCGUAAGCAGGCCUCAGAGACUUUAGUCACAACCUUUAAUGCCAGACCAAGAGGAAGACACACCUACUAAAGGCUCAGAAGCCACCCUUCUUGGAUUCCCACUCAGGGUUACUGAAAGUUCGACAGAGUUUGGUUUUGAGGACUUCCUUCUGUAAACUGCAAAUGUGCUUAUCUCGGUGUUUUGGAACAUGCAAAUGUCCUUCAAAACCUGAGCAGUUGCACAAGGCCGAAGAAUUUCCUAAGCCAUGGCUUGUAUAACUGCUAUAGUGCCAUACUGAUAACUUAUUUCCUCCCUCCCCCCACACUCUUUUUCUAAAAUAAAUCAGUCUGUGAAGUAUUUUAAAUAGGUGACUUGAGGCCAUUUGGAAGAUGAGAUGAGAGAGCCGUGAAAUUCCAUAACCAGCACAGGCCUGUGCUUUUGUGGAGAGCUUUUCAGUUUAUAAGCACUUGUAAUGAUAUGGAGCAGGCAAUGUAGGGAUGGGGACUGACAUGCCUCCCAGGGCACCCAGGGUGAAGGGCACAGUUUGAAAUUUCUGGAGCUGGGGUUGUCCUGACAGCCAAGUCCAGGGUUUUUUUUAGUUGCCCCACUGCCUCUAAGCCCAGACAGUCCAAACAGCCCGAAAGAAUAGAGACCUAGGCUAAGCACAACAGCCUCGAGGACACCAAAGGCCAAAGGAUGAGAGGUAGA